CUCGUUAUUAGCAGGUCAAAGAAACAGCCGCUGCAAACUUAAGGUGACAUUUAGCUGUCUGGUCACCGGAGCUCACCCGAGCCAAAGCCAUUUUAAAAACAGAGUGGUGGCACAAAUAUAAGCAUGUCUUCUCUCAGGAGGACGGCGGGUGUCCUCCGAACCGGCCUGCAGCUCUUCAGACGUGGACCUCAGCAGAUGACCGUCAGAAAGGCAGGAGGCGGCGCUCAUAUUGAACCCCAAUACAGACAAUCUCCUCAGCUCACCAGGAACCAGAAGUUUCAGGCAGAGCUGCUCAGCGGCGCCAUGUGGUUCUGGAUCCUGUGGCACAUCUGGCACGAUCCAGACGCCGUACUGGGUCAUUUCCCAUGGCCGGACACUUCAGCGUGGACAGAUGAGGAGCUGGGAAUCCCACCUGAUGAUGAAGAGUAGAUUCACCCCCAACAACCCAAUAUGUGCACCAGAUCACAAAACCUGCACAUUUUCUGUAGAGGAAGCUGAAAGUUCCUGUUAUGUAUAUGGACUUAUUAUCAAGUCUAAUUUUUAAAGUUGCAUUAUAAAAUAAAGAAAUAAAAGCCAUCAACACUUCAAUUAGUCAGUAGAACAGUGUUUUAUCACUAAACAUUUGGUAAAGGGAAGGGGAAAACAGUGUGAUCUACAAAACAUUUCCCUCAUCUUAUAUAUACAUUGCACUGGAGAAAAUCCAUCACAUCCAAAGAGAACUCUGGGAAAUUUUGAAGAGGAGGAAUAGAACACAGCAUUUGAAAACACAGUGACGUUAAAACGUUAAAGUCUAUACCACAGUCGAAAAUGGAAAUGAAUGCUGGAGAUGAAUAAAUACUGUACAAUUAAUGCGUCAAAAGAAACCUGUCUGAAGACCAGCUCGAUUGAUCAGAUAUGAAGGAGAUGAGCUGUUGCCUUCAGAAAGCUGAAAUUUACAAAGGGUGCUCGUCUAUAUUAAGGUUAGUGAGUGGGAACAGAGGAACAUUUUUUCAUAAAACACGUGCGCCCGAGCACACCUCAAAACCGUAACAAAGCCUGAGUUUUAGCAGUUAUCAAACUCAAGUCAUCCAAAAUAGUGCAUUUGCUUUUCGAGCCAACAGACCUCUUACACAACAAUCAAGACUAGCUGAUCAAAAUCUGUCGGUGCUGCUCUAUGCACAAAGUCCAACAUUUUUUAAAAUAUACUGUACAGCGGGACACGAUUUUGUUCUGAAUCUGGAAUUUACGUCCACCAGACAAAAAAAAAAAAAAGUCAAAUUAUUGGGAAUACAUACAUUUGUUGGCAAAUUUGUGGAAACGAGUAUAAAAUGAGAUUGUAUGACAGUGCUGGUGAUGAAUUCAUAGAUGUCACCUGUUCGAUGUUCCCUGAGAAAACGUUUCAUAGCCUCUCUAAGAAAUUCACACACAAGCACCACUUUUUGUUGUUGUUCCCACUUAAAUUCUUUUGUCCCGUUUCAACAGGUCAUAAAGACAACAUAAAGCAACAUUAUUCAAACAAACUCAAUUUGCACUAAUAUUUUAGAGGUAAAUUUAACAGGAAAAGUCAUUCAAAUUUCUUUUAAGUAGCAUUAAAUGUGUUAACUACAAAAUCCAUAAAGCUGAACCUAAACCUCUCAUUCCUCUGGAAUAGGUAACAUUCAAAAUGAUACUCCUAUUUACAAAACUAUCCAAUGCAAAGGGAAAAACAGGAAACUCAAUGCAAUAUAAAUCCUUAUAUCUUUGAAAUUAAUAAAUAAGCUGUUCAGUCAACAAAAUAUUUUAAAACGAACAAACAUAAAUUAUGCAGAAUGAGCGAAAGAUCAUUGUCAAUCACGUGACAAGCAUAUUUAGUCCUGGCAAACUACACCACAUACACUUAUAUUUGAGAGGCAGCGCUCCAGGAUGCAGUACCUCUCUCUGGCCACUGGGUUGUGACAAAGGCAAAUUAAUGCGUGGCAACGUAUUUUCCUCAAUUUUCCCAGUGUGAAAGCAAUAUUUCGCUAGCUUUCGGAAUUAAAAA